AUGAACGAGUUCAACGAUGGCGAAAAGCUUCUAAACAAAAAGAAAGGAAUAUUUUUCCAGUUCGAAUGGCUCAAAAAUACGAAUGGCUUUCAUAUCACCGUGAGAAGCAAGCAGCAAUCUGUGAAACGUGCACAGAAUACAGGCAGCCACACGAUAAUUCGCCAUUCAUCUUCACCGAAUCUGCCACUGGUUUCUGUAAUUGGAAGAAAG